AUGGCGUCAGUAAAGCCUCCGUUCACCCUUGAAUCAGCCACGCUUAAGGUCAAGGCCGCCCAGGAUCUCUGGAAUACCCAGAAUCCGAUUAAUGUUUGCAAGUCGUAUACUGCAGAUUGUAUUUGGCGCAAUCGGACCUGUUUUUUCCGUGGCACGGAAGCCAUACAGACGUUUCUUACGGCCAAGUGGAGAAGAGAGAAAUCUUACCGCCUACGCAAAGAACUAUUCGCUUUUACUGAGAAUCGCAUCGCCGUGCAAUUCUGGUAUGAAUACCAAGAUGCCGAAGACGGUUAUAAAUGGAAACGCUGUUACGGAAUGGAAGAUUGGACUUUCGACGAAGAGGGCAAAAUGCAGAAAAGGAUGAUGUCAGGAAAUGAUUUACUUCUAGGCCCAAAUGGAGACGGCUCGGGACGCUGGUUUGUGGAUGGAGCUGAUGUCAAUGAGGUGAAAAUCAGCGAAGACCAUUGGUGA